GGCGGUUUGGCCCUUUGGCCUCUUCACCUUGCUUAAUGCUUUGUUGCUUCUUCUUGUUGAGAAGCAAGAAUGGAAACUGCUCUACAUCUUGUUGGGGCAAGCCUUAGUGUAAGCCCUGCACCAUUCCGUCAUUCUCUCUCCUACACCCGCAAUUGCAAAUGCAAUUAUAUUUCUCAAUUUCAAAUUCGCCAUAAAUUUACAGACUUUCAGCCAUUUCACCUCAAUGUCAGCUUCAAUUUUCCUCCUAAGUUGCGCACUUUGCCUCAAAUCAAAGCUCAGACCACUUCAGUAGAGUAUCAGUAUGUCCCAGACACCCAGUUUUACAAAGUGGAGGCCAUCCUCAGACCUUGGAGAAUCCAAAAGGUUUCUGCGGCUUUGCUGAAAAUGGGCAUUCGUGGUGUCACGGUCUCUGAUGUUCGAGGUUUCGGAGCUCAAGGUGGAUCUGCAGAAAGGCAUGCUGGAUCUGAAUUUGAAGAGGAUAAGUUUGUGGCCAAAGUUAAGAUGGAAAUUGUUAUAAGCAAAGAUCAGGUUGAUGCUGUAAUUGACCUGAUUAUCCAGGAAGCAAGGACUGGUGAAAUUGGCGACGGUAAAAUUUUCGUGCUGCCAGUUUCCGACAUCAUAAGAGUGCGCACAGGUGAGCGGGGAGAACAAGCAGAGAGGAUGUCUGGAGGACGACAUGACAUGUCUAACAAGAGCAAUGUCUAGAAAAAUUGGAGCUUUUGGCAAAAGCAAAACAUUGAGGAACCCCUGGAUUUGUAACUCUUUGUCUGGUUCUUCUUGACAUGUUACUGAUUAAGUUUGCAAUCAAGAAACUUUGAAAGUCAUUUCCCUCUUUUA